CAAAACGCUUUUGCGGACUCACCUGACUUUGCAAUCUUUUUCGCGUGGUGGAGCGGUCGAUUCAGAUAAGGAUGACCGACCUCAGAGUAGGAUUUAAACAGGCGAUCCUUCAGCGGAUCCAGGGGAUUCGUGUGGAUUCUAAUCAACUGUUGGCUCAGAGUACUUUCCAAAACAAUGUCCAUACCAGUGCGCAUACCAGGCAACAUACUGACUUCAGUAUCAACCGAAUCCUCAGUGAUGCAAAAGCGGUUAAAGACUCAAAUCCAAUCGAUCUGUCCAAAUCGAACUCAGCCCCUACCUCAACCUGCAGCACGGGUAGUGGCACCUUAUCCGCCUCAACAUCUCUUGUGCCGACCACGGGGUAUUACCCGCAGCCAGGACGAAGUACGACUAGUGAGAAUUUAGUGAAACCUAAAGUUUAUAAGUUUUGGGAUUUGAACGCGUUGGCCAACUGUAACGGUUGUGAUCGAUAUUUUAAAAAUUUCGCAUUUCCCAAUAUUGCAAGCAUGGGUGGUGCGCUGUGGAGUGGAUUUCCCCAAGUUUUUCCGCACAGAAGUGAUUUCGUUGAACGGUUGGUCAUGCAAUCGGUUACGGUCGACGUGAAGAGUCAGCAGCAGAAGAUUUUGGACGAUGAAAUCAGUUACAAGUGUACGAUUUGUGAUAAGGUGUUUGGCUGUGCUAGUACUUUGGAGGCUCAUGAACGAACCCACAAGGCACCACGAUAUGAAUGUCUUGAUUGUGGAAAAGGAUUUUCCCAGCUUCGUAAUUACAAGUAUCAUUUAUCGGUGCACCGUGGUACGAAAGAAUUUGCAGCCGAAUGUCCUGAAUGCGGGAAAACCUUUAAUGACAAAGGCUAUUUGAGUAGUCACAUGAAAAUUCAUAGAAAUAAAAAGGAAUAUGAAUGUCCUUAUUGUCCGAAAUCUUUCAAUCAACGUGUUGCAUUCAAUAUGCACGUACGGAUUCACACCGGCGUCAAACCUCAUAAAUGCACAGAGUGUGGAAAACGCUUUUCACGGAAAAUGCUCCUGAAGCAGCAUAUGAGGACUCAUAGUGGCGAGAAGCCUUAUCAAUGUUCAGUUUGCGGGAAAUCAUUUGCUGAUCGGAGUAAUAUGACAUUGCACCACCGAUUGCAUUCAGGUAUAAAGCCGUUUACAUGUCCCAUCUGUCCGAAAGCCUUCACCAAGAAACACCACCUGAAGACACACCUGAAUUACCACACCGGAUGCAAGCCUUAUGUGUGUCCACAUCCCAAUUGUAAUCAAGCUUUUACGCAAUCCAGCAAUAUGAGGACGCAUGCGAAGAAAUGCCAGUUUCGGCCGAUCGCGGAAACAAUUGUUACACCAACAGUGAUCCUAUCAUAA